CUUGCCUAUCCUCCCCUCUGUCUCCUCAUUGCCACCUAGUCUCCCCAGCCAGCUGGCUCCCGCACGUAUCUGCACACACUUACAUACAAAGGCUGGGAAGGGUCAGACACCAUCUGGGCACUCUUAGUCCUCCCUUUCCCUCCCCCCUCCCCCCACUGCCCUCCCCCACCUCUAGCUGACCAUGGCAUCUGAAGCAGAGAAGACAUUCCAGCGGUUUGCUGCCUUUGGAGAAUCGUCAAGCAGUGGCGCUGAAAUGAACAACAAGAACUUCUCCAAGCUAUGCAAAGACUGUGGCAUCAUGGAUGGCAAGUUGGUCACCUCCACGGAUGUGGACAUUGUAUUCAGCAAAGUCAAGGCCAAGAAUGCCCGGACCAUAACAUUUCAGCAGUUCAAAGAGGCAAUGAAGGAACUGGGCCAGAAGCGGUUCAAAGGGAAGAGUGAAGGCGAAGCCCUGGAGGACAUUUAUAAACUCAUGGAGGGCAAGGACCCAGCCACCACCGGCGUUACUAAAGCAACAACAGUGGGUGGAGUGGACCGUCUGACGGACACCAGCAAGUACACCGGCAGCCACAAGGAGCGCUUUGAUGAGAGUGGCAAGGGCAAGGGCAUCGCAGGACGGGAAGAGACAACUGAAAAGUCAGGCUACGUGAGCGGCUACAAGGGUGCUGGCACCUAUGAUAAGAAGAAGUAACGAGCAGCCUCGUCUUAGCCUAGUAGCCCCCUGACCCUGCAUCUUUAACACCAGGGAGCUGGGGAAACAAUAAACAUCUGUGUGUGCAGCAA